GCAGCAGCCUUCUGACUGGCCCAGAGGGGUUGAUGACCAAGGAACGUGAGAACCUGAAGCGUUUGAAGUGCCUGCGGCGAUACCGGCAGCGCUACGGCGUGGAGGCUCUGCUGCACCGGCAGCUGAAGGAGCGCAGGAUGCUGGCGACUGAUGGUGCUGCCCAGCAGGCUCACACCACCCGUUCCAGCCAGAGGUGCUUGGCCUUUGUCGACGACGUCCGAUGCUCCAACCCGUCCCUCCCGAUGACCAGGCACUGCCUGACACACAUCUGUCAGGACACUAAUCAAACUCUAUUUAAACCAUGUCAAGGCUCUGAAGAAGUCCCCUGCAACAAGCCAGUUCCUGUCAGCCUUUCUGAGGAUCCUUGUUGCCCACUCCACCUCCGUUUACCUCCACAGAUGUACGUCCCUGAGCAGGUGCUGGCUGUCCCUGAGGAACUGGAACCUGUCCCCACUGACCUGUACUUGAGUGCUGCUGAGCUCCAGCCCACGGAGAACUUGCCGCUGGAGUUCAGCGAC